GCGGACUUGACUCUCACCGCCGUCUCAUCUUUAUGUCGUUCUUCGGAUUCGAGCAAAACAACGAUCUUCAACGAGAAAAACAGGACUUCGCUGCGGGCAGGAAGGGUGACGAAGAUCUGGCGGUCUAUACAUGGGGAGAGGAAAGCUAUGACGGACUGGGCGACGUUUUGCAGGAGGGCGGGGACGAGCUGAACGAUGAGACAUUUGGCGGCACGGGGGCUAUCGGAAAGGACUUUGAUUUUGCGCAGCAGGCUCUGCCUUCGGACGACCAGCUCGUCUCUUCAGCGAAAUUUACAGAGAACUCCGGCUUCAUCGACCAAAAGUUGCCUGGUUUCUUCGAGACGGCUUCGCCUGGGCCCGGUACCCCGAGUCUCGAAGGCCUAUCAAUCUCUGAGCAAGGCCAGCAGCAACCUUCCCGUCAACCUCACUCGCUAUGGGACGAAAGAUCUCCGUUCUCUGUUCUUCCUCGUAUGAAUGGCACUCUUCGUACACAGGCCGAUCUCAAUCGCACAACAUCGUCUCCGCGUCUUGGCCAGUACUCGAAUGGUUCAACCCCGUCUACGAGCCAGGCGCAAGCCCAUGUACCCUCUCCCGGCCUCUCUGCGGCCCAGCUGAAUCCCCAGGGUCUCGUCAAUCAAGGUGGAAUUCGGACUCUUGAGGAGAUCGAGGCAGAGAUGCGGGCUGCAGCUCAACGGACACGGACCGCCGCUGUCGCCACUCAACGUCAACAACUCCUUCAAGAACAGCAGCAACAGCAGCAGCAGUACUAUCAGCAGCAACAACGAACCGCCCCUCCGCGGAUGCACCCCCAGUCCCAGUCGCCCCGUUUCCAUCAGCAACAACAGCAUCAGCAACUUCUGCUCCAACAGCAACGGGAGCAACAAUUGUUGGAACAGCAGUUGCGGGAACAGCAGAUCUUGCGGGAGCAGCAGAUCAGAGAUCGCGACAGGCAGAGGCAGCUUCAGGAGCUUCAGUUGCAGGAACAGCUGAGGCUGGAGGAGAUAGAGCGGCAGAUGAGGGCGGCGAGGCUUCAGGAGUUGCAGCACCAACAGCAGCAGCAGCAGCAGCUUUUACAAGGCCAGUAUCUGUCGAGAGGCGUGACCCCACAGCAGGCUUUGGCUCUGGCGGAUAUGGCGACUCAGCAGCAACUCGAGCGGAGGAGACACCGUGCUUCGCCUGCGCUGAUCGAUUCUCACAUGCAAGUCGCAUACGAGCAGGCCAAUGGUCAGCUUCUUCCGCAGAAUAUCCAGUUGCAGCAGCGGAUAUUGUCUGAGCUUGCGCAGGCCGAGUUCUUACAGAACAUGCAGCCGUCGACGGAGGAAGACCCAAAUGUGGUGAGGGCCCAGGUGAUGAGGAGGAUCAUGGAGACGGAAAGGAUGGAAGAGAAGAGGAGAUUGAAGGCAGCGAAAAUAAACCAUAUGUCCCGAUACAACGAUCUGAUGACCCAGUCAGACAAGGACUUCAUCACUCGCAUCCAAGUUUCGCAACUCGUCACCCAGGACCCGUACGCAGAGGACUUCUACGCACAAGUCUAUGGCGCUAUCAUCCGUUCUCGAAUGGGCAUGCAACCUUCUGACGAUCGUGUGCUCAAGUUUGGAUCUGGUGGGGGUGUCGGACUGGGCCUUGGGCAGAAAGGCUCCGGCAGACGGCCGAAUGCAAUGCAGAAGAUGGAGCAGCAGGUAGAGAGGAUCGUGACAAACGCAAGGUUGAGGGAGAAGGAAAAGGGCAUGCACUCUGUACACAGCCUGCAAGGUGCUUUGGGAAAGACGUCCGGAAGGAGUUACAAGGCCGCUCCGCGUCAACUUCUCCAGGUCGAGCCAGGAAACGCUAACGGAAACACCAGUCCUGCGGCGACCCAUGCGCAUAUUUCUCGUGAGGACGCCAUUCGCCAGGAGGGUGAAGGUGCUGCUAAGGAAGCUGCUAAGAUCGGUGCUGCGGCUCUCGGAACCGCUGACGAUUCGGAUGGACCAAUUCACAGGGACCCACUCACCACGCGAGAGGCUUUGAUCACUCUGGAGAGCCUUUACGACCUUGCACUGAACAUCGAGCAAAUCGGGAGAGAACAACCAGAUGAUCCCGAAGACUUCGAAGCUAUGGGCAUCUGGGAAGCACAGCUAAGAGAAAUGAUCCAGCAGCUCUUUGAGAAGCUUCAGGUCAUGGCCCCGCUCGAGACCAGCACUCCCCAUCCUUUCAUCUCCCUCAUCACCCCGGCGAAGGGCAAAAAGCUUCUCCCCCGAAUCUACAAACACUUCGACCAACAGCAGAUGCUCACCAUGCUCACCCUCCUCGUCGCCUGUUUCUCACAAAUGGACAUCGUCGUCCAUGCUUCCCUCCUUGACACGCCCAUUCCGUCGCAACAGCAAGCGGAUAUUGAGAGGCAGACCCAGAUCUUCCUUGGGAGUGUCAUCUCGACUAUAUUGCCUGUUGUGGCGAAGGCCGGUUUGAGACUCGUCAGCGGCUUGUUAGGCUUGCUGUUGGAGAGGAACGAUAUCGUGGCAAUCUCGCAGACUAAGCCCGGGAUGGCCUUCCUGACACUUUUCCUGAGUCGGGCCGAGCUCAUCAAGCAGAAUCUUGCAACAGGAGUCGAUAUGACCGACCUUCCAUCCCCAGAUGAGAUGCAACAAUGGGAACAUCUCUUCAACCACAUCUUCCAGCUCCUGCUCCCACACCUGCCGUUCCUUUUCCCGUCUACUCGCCUCGCCAUGAAUAUCGCCGCACUCCCACCCGCCGAACAAGCCCAAUACGCACACCAAAUGCAGACCGACGCGCUUGACCAGCCCGUCUGGCAGUUCUUCGCAACGUAUGCCUUGCACUCGUCGAUGGAGCAGCAGCAGGCGCUCGUCACCGCGCUGAGAGAGAAGGUGCUCGAGAAUGUGGCGAGCGCGAAGAGAGGAUGGGUGGCGGACGAAGAGGAGAUGGUGGCAAAAUUGGCCAACGUCAAUCUGUUCUUGAAGGUGCUUGGGCUGCAUAGCGAUCAGAUCACGAUCUAAGGUCGAACGUUGAGAGGGCCCGAGAGACGGGGUCCCCCGGCUCGUCUGGUUCUUAUAUGUGGCGACUGAUUGUUCGUCUUCGCAGCCACACAAUAUUUGUUCUUCAUUUUCUUUCAAUUUUUGCAUCUUUUGUUUCUUCUUUCGCUUUCUCCAAGUCUCUUGCUGUGCGAAUACAAAAUGAUUGGCGGCUACUCUCGCUAUGACUGUUAUAUGUGACUGUUACCUGUCUGUUACGGAUAGUGAUACUAUAUAGUGCGAUACCAGAAAGGUGUACAGUACAUGACCUGCAAUAUUAAGGAUAUUAGACACCUCCUUCAGUGGCGUGAAGGGCUUCCGCACAAGGACGUUUGACCAAAAUUAUUCACUAGACUUCAGGUUCGUCGACUGAUAAAACAAUAAUUAUUCUACAUCAUGAUACAAACCCUCUGAAUCGAACACGAAAGUCGCAAUUCUCUUGACUCAAGGCGCAAUCACAUCGAGCACUUUCUUGGGGUUCCAUUCCGGGUACUCUCCAUUCGACACCUGCUCCGGCGUCCCGACCUGGCCUUGCCCCAAUGACCAAACCAGCUGCAAAUAACUCAAGAAAUCACGCGGGUUGCUGGCGAGUGCGUCCUUUAGUUCUUGUGCAGACUUGUACGUGACGUCGAUCUUCUUGCCGGUCUUCUGCUCAUAGGCCGCGAAAAUCUGGUUGAAGGAAGCACGCUCGCCUUCGAUGCGGAAGUCCCGCCACUCGAGUUUGGAUGGAGGAAGUUCCGUGAGGACGUAGGCCAGAUACCUUGCGAUGUCAGGCCUCGAAGUCCAAGAGAUUGGGGUGUUACCAUCCCCACCGACGAUUGCCUUUCCGUUCUCAAGGUCAAGACCGAUUAACGGGAUGAAGCAGAAGUCGGUAAAUGGUCCCGUGAAGAACAACGCAUACGGCAACCCCAACUCCUUCAAUUUCUUCUGGGUCGCAAGCUUCGUCGCAAGAGGGCUCUUCUCAGAGAUCGUCCCAUUGUCUUCCGUGGGGUUACCAAACUCGGUGGGAAUAAAGAGCUUCACUCCUGCAGACUUGGCGGCAUCUGCGAGAGGGAACUGGAUGCUCAUGCCGCCCAUUCCGACGGCGGAGACGACAACGUCGAUUCCGGAGAGGGCGGUGGCGAGGGAGGACGGAGAGGAGUAGUCGACGGCGGUGAUCGUGGCGCCUUUGCUGGCGAAAUUGUCAAGCUUGGAGUUGUCUUUCGCCGAGCGAGUGAGGAUGGUGACAUUCUUGAUCUUGUUGGAGGCCUUCAACUUGAGAAGUUCCUCAACGAUGAAGGAGCCAAUCCCACCAGCA